CGCAACUACGACCACCAACAUCGUCGAUAUUCAAUCAAUUCUUCUUAGUAACAAUAGCCGAUAGCGAUCACUUGGUCAUCAGGAAUUGCAAUUCCAACGCCGAUAUGUCAACUGCCCAAUCCGAGUCGUUCCCGUUUUUGAGACUUCCCACGGAGAUACGUUUGCUCGUCUAUGAACACCUACCACGUCAGGUCAAGCACACUGAAGUCUCUAUAGACGGUUUUGUCGCCAUCUUGGUCACACGGCACUUGCCCACAGCUAUACUACGCACUAGCAAGCUGAUUCGCGCAGAAGCCCGACCCAUCAUCCACAGGCUGAUACAAGAGUUCAUUGAAGAAUCGCAAACGAAGAUCAUCGAAUUCAGCAAGAGUGGUUCCAAGAUGAGACAUUGCAAGAUACUGGAGUGCUUGAAGACGCAAAUACCUAGAGAACGUAAUGCAGUGGAAGGGCUUGAAGACUACGAUAUCCAAGCUAUUCUUAGACGGAUACCAGAGACAAGAGAGCUUCAGUCUACGGACCCAGCAUUGUCGCCUAAUAUCGCUCGUUUCAUGCAUCAAGCCGCCAGGUCAAGGUAUCGCUCUGCAGAGCUCACCCCUGCGUCUGCCGACAAGUCUUGGAACAACACGGUCGUGACGGUGCAUGUUACUCAUACCAAUUUCAAAGACGACGAUCAACUUUGGUUUGUUUGUGAGACCAAUCACAGACAUAUUCGGCAUAUGUACCAUCAUGAAAAGAUGGCCCUGCUUCCGAAUCACAUCUGGAUCUUGGAUGGCGGCGAUGUACAAUUGGCAGAAGGUGCCACUUUGGAAUCGGCCACUGACACGGUUCCAGUUUUAUGGUCCGAUGGCUACGACCGGUGGGGUAACAGAACACGGGGUGUGGAGGCAUCAUGGGGACCGGCCAUGAGUCAAGAGGACUGGGCCGCAAAUUGGCUACCUUCGUAAGCCUGGCGUGAGAGAAAACCUUAAUGUGCAAUUGUGCAGAUCUCAAAAUCCAGCGCCGCGAGUUGAGUAAUCACUACAACUUUCUGCAAGGGUUAACUCUCUCACAGGCGGGUCAUCAAGCCCACUCAUCAGCCUCGCAAAUUGCGAGAACGUAAGGUUCAUGAAAACCAUCCCAAAGUCGCUCUUCCGAUUUCACUUUUCCAUCCUGAACUCCUGACAACCCAUGUUUUCUAACUCUCCCGUACACUAACGCCCUUCUUCAUGAACAGUAGCUUGGUCUUUGUCGUCUCGGCGAAUUUCCCCUCUUCUUCCAGC